UGCCAGGGCGCGGAGGAGGAUGGCGAGCGGCGGCACCGGCAGCUCCUCGAGGCGGUCAGCUCGCUCUCCGGGCGGAGGCGGCGCAAGCUGGCGGAGCGCACGGAGGCCAGCGCGCAGGUGUCCGAGUUCAACGUGAGCUGCGAAGGUGCCGGGGAGAAGCUGGUGCUGUCUGAGCUCUUGCAGCCCAUCAAGCCCAAAUCCGCCCUGAGCAGCGUGAAGAGGGAGCUGACCAAAGUGAAGCAGAAGAAGGCGGUGGAGCUGCCGCUCAGCAAGGAAGAGGCGGAGCGGGUCGUGAGAGAAGCCGCCUAUGUGAAGAGCUCUAAAGAUGUCAGCAAAUGGCAGCAGGUGGUUUUGCAGAACCGCCGAGCGGAGCAGCUGGUCUUCCCGCUGAAGCAGGAGAUCGCGGCCGUGGCGCCGCUGGAGCAAGUGGUUUCGGGCUGGAAGGCCCGAACUCCCCUGGAGCAGGAGAUCUUUGGGCUGCUCCACAAAACGCAUCAGCCCAUCACGGACCCGCUGCUGACACCCCGGGAGAGAGCCUCGCUGCAGGCCAUGAGUUUGGAGGAGGCUCGACAACGGCGAGCGGAGCUGCAGAAGGCUCGAGCGCUGCAGUCCUACUACGAAGCCAAGGCUCGUCGAGAGAAGAAAAUCAAGAGCAAGAAGUACCAUCGAGUGCUGAAAAAGAGCAAGAAACGCAAAGCUUUGAAGGAGUUUGAGCUGCUGCAGAAGUCGGACCCUGAGGCAGCCUUGGCAAGGCUGGAAGAGCUUGAGCAACUCAGGAUGGAGGAGCGGAUGAGCCUCAAGCAUCAGAACAAGGGGAAAUGGGCCCGUUCCAGGGCCAUUAUGGCUAAGUAUGACCUGGAGGCCCGCAAGGCCAUGCAAGAGCAGCUGGCCAAGAACAAGGAGCUAAUGCAGAAAGUGCGGCUGGAGCCGCCUGAGGAGGAGGCAGGUGAUGUGCCUGCAGAGGAGCCCGUGCCAGAGUCUGUCCCCAUGGUCCCCAUGAAUGCCGGCGGAGCUAAUCCCUGGAUGUUGGGCAAGCCCAGCAGCCCAGUCAAGGAGCCUGAGGUGCAGGAGGCCCUUGGAGAUGUUGCAGAGCCUGCGGCUGUGGAGAGCAAGGAGGAGAUGGAGGAGGAAGAAGAGGAGGUGUCGGAGGAGGAGGCCUUGCUGCAGCACUUCGAGCAGAAGCGGCACGUGCGGCGCCCACCGGCCACCAGCCCCACACCGUGCAACGGGCCGCUCAUGACACGCAGUGCUGAUGAGACAGAGGAGGUGACGGAGCUGCCACAGGACAUCUCCGUUGACCCUAUCUGCGGUGAAGAGCAGGCGAGCGUGGGGAUCGAGCAGCCUUCCCAGGCACAGGAGGAGGUUUUGCUGUCAGAGCAGCCGAGCCGCGUGCGAACGAUGGAGGACAUUGAGGCUUUGGCUUCAGAGGAGCGUGCRGAAGAGCAAGAAAUACCCGUGGCAGCAGGAACAGAGAAGAGAGUGCGCCAGCAGCAGGCAGGCAGAGCUGACACCGGGCGGACGAAGAAGCCGAGAAAGGCCAGGAAGAAGGAGACCAUCAGCUUGCAGGCUGUGCUCUCUGGAAAGCCGCAGGAGGCCCAGUGCCCCAGCCUUCCCAUGGCUGUGGAGGAAGAGGAGGGUGGCGUCGACCAGAGAGGGGUGAUCACAGAGGCCUUCGCAGGGGAUGACGUGGUCGCCGACUUCCGCCGGGAGAAGCGCAAGGCAGAGCAGGCUGGGAAGCCGCAGCCGGUGAAUUUGGUGCUGCCGGGCUGGGGCGAGUGGGGAGGCACUGGCCUGAAGCCCAGCAAGAGGAAAAUGAAACGGUUCCUGCUCAAGCCUCCCCCGGCGCCUCCCAGGAAAGACCAGCAUUUGCCCCACGUCAUCAUUAGUGAGCAGYGCAACAUCCACGCAGCAGCACAUCAGGUCAGCGAGCUGCCUUUCCCCUUUGAGGAGCACCAGCAGUUUGAGCGCAGCAUCCGCACGCCCAUGGGCUCCACGUGGAACACGCAGCGGGCCUUCCAGAAGCUGACUGCCCCACACGUCGUCACGCGUGCAGGCCACAUCAUCCAGCCCAUCGCUGCUGAGGAUGUGCCCUCGCUGGCCGCCCAGGCCCGCAGCGAGGCCCUAGAGCUCCCACCCAAGCAGAGAGAACCGUCCUCUCGUCCCCCUCGGCCACGCAAGAGAGCGCGGUAGCUCUCUGCCCGCGGGGACUGGCGCAGGUGCCUGCACGGGGAGCAGCCAGUGCAGCCAGGGCUGCUGCUCUGCUGCAGCGUGGCUCCCUCUUGCACCCGCUCUCGGCUCGCGCUUCCCCCAGAAUGCGCUGCCCCAUCGGCGCGCGCUGCCUCGCCGCCCUGGCUUCGGCUCCGCAGGGCUCUCCUGCCUUGCUCGGAGCCCCUCCUGCCUGAGCGUGGGGCACCACACGAGGUGGGAGUGGGGUGGGCACGUUGAACUGGUGCAAUGGGAACAGCAAGGGCUGGGAGUGCGUAAAGGAGGUGGAGCAGCAGCCAGCGCUGUCCAGAGCUGGGCGAUGUUUGCCCUGCCCCAGCUUUCUCUGUCUUUCAUAGCCCCAUUUUCUAUACCUUUUUACAUCUGAGUGCCUGCUGCUCAGUGUGGCCUCAGCAGAGCCUGAGUCUGUUGUASUGCACCUCCAUCCCUCC